GAUCCAGGACAUGAACUGCGACGGGGAUGAAUGCGACACAAAGCUGAACAUCCCCGCUACCAUGGUGCAUCUGGAGCCUUCGGUCGCUGAGGCUCUCCGGUCUGGACAGCCGGUGUACGUGUCCCUCCAGUCCACCCCGUCCCCGAGCUUUUUAUUCAGCAUUGACCAACAGGGGGUGCUGGCGGAGAUGGGCUUGUUUCUUUACCCCUCAUUCAGCUUCAUCAACUGGCAGGUGCAAUGGUUUGAUUUCUACGCAGAUCUGCAGACCAAACUUCAAAAACCUGCAAAGGUUGUUCCUGUUUUUGACAAAGUUCAAAUGCAGGGAGAGAAAGGAGCGGUUGCCACAGUCGACCUGCCGUUAGGCUUGUUGGACUUUAACACGCUGGAGCUCGAUGCGUCCCUGUCUUGUCCCGGGAAGAGAGAUUUGUCCUGCGCUUACUGGGAUCACACAGUGCAGCUGUUUAUCUGCUGUGAUCAUCUCGGCCCGUACUGCAACAUGGAGCUGGGCCGAUGGAUCACGGCCUUCCGCAGAGGUAUCGGGCGCUGGCUGACGGACGUGUCCCCUCUGCUCCCCCUGCUGGACAGCAACAGAUGCACCUUGACCAUGAAGACGGUGCCGUGGGCGAUGCCGUGGAUCGUCUCCCUCAACCUGAGAUUCAGUAUCAGCAAUCAGACCGGUGAUAUCACAGGUGACGAUGAGGAGGAGCUCCGCCCCUUCAGAGUAAUGCCACUGUACAGCGGGGGAACCUUCGACAAGAACUACAACAAGAGAUACCAACCAAUCAAAUUCCCCAUCCCGGGUUCGACCAAGAAGGUAACAGAUCUGAUAAUUAACCCUUUUUAAAGAGCUUCC